GUAGCUGUUAUGUUCUACCUAUGCUUCACACCAUCUUCCGCUAGGCAUCCCAUUAACCACCAUGAGGGGGGCCAGGAUUCGAUUACCAAUGUUGACGGUUCUCUACUGGACUCCGGUGCGGGCCUUGUCCAUGUCUCACCGUCUCAACGCCGCCAACCAAAUAUAUUCUUCCGUUCGUCAGCCCGAUAACUUUCAGACUUAUCAGCUCUUAUCGUCUUCCUCGAGAACCCCUCUCAUAACCCUGUGGACUACUUCAUGGUGUUCUACGUGCCGUGUUGUAGCGCCGCUCAUAAAAUCUGUCAUCGAGUCUGGUGUAGGUGAGGCUGAGGGUGGCGUCGGAUAUUGCGAGGUUGAGUAUGACGCCCCCGAUAUCAUGAGCAGCUCGCUCGGCAUGGACUUCAUGGUUACUUCUAUACCUACGCUACUCAGCUUUGACGCCGGAGAGGCCCAAAUCAGCACCAAGGUAACUGAUGGAAGGAAGCUAGCAGACCGGGCUUUUUUGGAAGAAUGGAUUCGAAAUGAGGCGAGGAGACAUGGCGGCCGCGGCGGUGGAGAUGGGGGUCCAGGGAUUCUUGGCGGGUUAUUUGGUUCGUGGAGAUGAGGUACGAUCAACCUGCUUGGUUUAUUACUAUUGACAGCGAGUGUAAUGGUACUUGCGAUAGGGACCGUUUAUAGUGUACGUAUGCCGUACAGUUUCUCAGCAAGCUUUAUCUCACUUUAAACCUGAACGCAUCGUCACA